AUGACCAUUGUGGACAGCACCAUUAAAUCUUCAAAGUGUUUCCAGAAUGAAGACUAUGAGUCAUUCAAAGCCAUCAGAUCUUCCAAAGGCAUGUGGACAAUAUCCCCAAUUGGUAGGCUUGGCAAUCAGAUGGGACAAUAUGCAACAUUAUUUGCUUUGGCCAGAUUAAACAGAAAGCAAGCCUACAUUGCCCCAGGAAUGGCCAAAUUCCUAUCUCAGAAUUUCAAGAUUACACUUCCCACUCUCCAGCAAGAGGUUAAGGAAAAGAUUCCUUGGAAAAACUAUCACCUUUCUGACUGGAUGGAAGAAAGGUAUAAAAAUAUCUCAGGAGAUUAUAUUAAAUUCUCAGGAUAUCCAUCUUCUUGGACGUUCUACCACCACCUUCGGGAAGAAAUCCUUCAUGAAUUUUCUUUUCAUGAGUUUGUAACAAAGGAAGUCACCUUGUAUUUACAGAAUACAACAGCACCACGUCAAAAUGUUACAUACAUUGGUGUUCAUGUUCGAAGAGGAGAUUACGUGAAAGUUAUGCCCAAGGUGUGGAAAGGCGUGAUUGGAGACAAAAACUAUUUGGAACAAGCCAUGUCCUACUUCAGGAAUAAAUACAAGGAUGCUUUCUUCAUAGUGGUAAGCAAUGGAAUCAAUUGGUGUCGGGAGAAUAUAGAUGCCUCCAAAGGGGAUGUCUACUUCUCAGGAGAUGGAAAUGAAUCAAAGCCACACAGAGACUUUGCCAUUCUUGCUCACUGCAAUCACACCAUAAUGACCAUUGGCACAUUUGGAUUCUGGGCUGCUUACCUUGCUGGUGGGGAGGCCAUCUACCUUGCAAACUUCACUUUGCCCAGCUCACCCUUCUUAAAUGUUUUUAAAUAUGAGGCGACCUUCCGGCCAGAAUGGAUUGGAAUUGCUGCUGAUCUUUCACCUCUUCUGGUCAAGACACCUUAA